UACCCUUUUAAAAAGUCUGCAGACUAAUGCAAAAUAAUCGUUAAGGACAGCCCUAAUCUUGUCGCACAAUAUUAGCGGAAACGCAGGACUCCCAGAAUCCACUUGAUCACGUUUGGAGCUUUGUUGUGAUGAAUCCAAACAGGAAGUGCUUCUUUUGUUGCGGGUGACUGCGGGAGCGAAGGCCAGGGAGGGAGAGGCUGAGGCUGCAUUCAACUUGCUACUGCCAAACAGUACGCCUGUAAAGAUGGAAGUGGAUCUCAGUGGAGUGUCGAGGGCUCACGUUUCCAUUCUACCUGCAGCUGAGAUCAAAGCUACGUUGAAAGCGGAGGCGGAACGACCUCGUUGCGCCAGCACGCCUUGCUCCCCCAUCAGAGGUACUGUAGCAGGAUACCAAAUCCUCCACAUGGACUCAAACUAUCUAGUGGGCUUCACAACUGGCGAGGAGUUGCUCAAAUUGGCCCACAAAUGGUCGGAAAACUCCCCGGAGAAGAGCGCUCUCUCAGAGGCUGUGCCCAGCCCCGUUCAGACCGGUGCCUCCAAAUCCUUAGACCUGGGCAUCCACCGGUCUUCGAGAAUCUUUAAAGCCAAAAAUCGCUACUACCAGCCUUACGACAUUCCUGCUGCUAACGGUCGGAGAAGGCGGCGCAUGCCCAGCUCGAGCGACACCUUCCUCAGGUCAAUGUCUUCAGGGGAACACGGCAGGGGCGUGCAUGCGCCGCUCCCCUUGUGUCGUCUUAAAGGCAAGAGGACCCAGUCCAAGUCUUUGGACUACCUUAACCUCGACAAAAUCGCUAUCAAGGAUUCAUCAGACACGGAGGUGUUACAAUACCAACUGCAGCAUCUCACCCUGCGUGGAGAGCGCGUAUUUAGUAGAAACAAAACUUAAAAGCUCAGAAGAAGACAUAUUUUGGGCGUCUUUCACAGCAGUGGGUGGGAUUUGGGUGCUAUUUCCAGCUUGGUUUUGGCGCACUCAGAUUAGAAGCGGUUCUUUCACAAGACGGCCUGAUAAUCGAGCUCUGUUAUUACCUGGGAUUAAGCCCUGCACUGAACACAUAACAUUGAAGAGAACCCUUUUUAGUACUCACACUGUAUUGAGAUUGUGGAGGUCAAAAUGUGAACGAUAUCUUAGCAAUAACCGAUUUCCCGACUUUAUUUAUUAUAGCCGAAACAUGCACAUAUCACAUUGUAUCGGCUUUAAAUUACAAUCAUGCUGGUUUAACUGCCUAAUGUGAUCUUUAAAAGAUGUGAUGUUCCUUUGAGUGUGACUCUGGAUACAACUGUCAAAUUAACACGAUCACGUACUUGUAUUCUAUUUGAGAUUCAUUGUUUAUUUAAUAGUAUCUUUUAAUAUUUGUGUUAUUAAAAUCACUUCCCUGAUGAUACGCUUUGGGAAAAGUACUUUCAUUCAGCCUAUGGGUGGGAACAUCUGAGUACUUACCUCACGAUAUGAUUCAAUACGAGUUGCAAAACAGUCCCUAAAAAAAGUCUUGCCGCUUAUCCGUUUUGUAGAAACAAUUGCUAAUAACUAGGGUUGUUCCGAUCAUGUUUUUUUGCUCUUGAUCCGAUCGUUUUAGUUUUGAGUAUCUGCCGAUCCCGAUAUUUCCCGAUCCAAUUGCGAUUUUGUUUUUUUGUUUUUUUUGCUCCCGAUUUAAUUCCAAUCAUUCCCGAUAAUUUUUCCCAAUCAUAUACAUUUUGGCAAUGCAUUAAGAAAAAAAAAUUAAUAAAACUCGGACGAAUAUAUACAUUCAACAUACAGUACAUAAAUACUGUAUUUGUUUAUCAUGACAACAAAUCCUCAAGAUGGCAUUUACAUUAUUAACAUUCUUUCUGUGAGAGGGAUCCACGGAUAGAAAGACUUGUAAUUCUUAAAGAAUAAAUGUGACUUUGUAUAUUGUGACUAAAUAUUGCCAUCUAGUGUUUUUGUUGAGCUUUCAGUAAAUGAUACUGUAGCCAUUUAACUGUUCUGCCGAAAUGCAUGAUGGGAAGUGCAACCAUGACUGUGCGUAGUGGUACCAAUUGAUAUAUCUUCUCUGCGUUGGAAAUAAAUAGGGUGUUAAGAAAACAUCAAUUACUACCUUUCUUCCCCGCAUUGCUUCCCACGAUAUUUCUAAUUGUAGGGAGAGGGAUUGUAAGGCUUUAGCCAAUUAAAAAAAGGCUCCAAAGGCUGUCAAAAUUCACUCUCCUCAUUUUAUGCUGCCUUUUAGUUCUAUAUAUAGGUAAAAUGGCGCCAUUACAGAUUGAAAGCGACAAAGCGUGAGUGGGUCGUGCAGCGCAUGCGUUAAUUGCGUUCAAUAUUUUAACGCGAUAAUUUUUUUUUUAAAUUAAUUACCGCUGUUAACGGGAUAAAUUUGAUAACCCUAUCUUAAGCCUAAACUAAAGACUCUGGAUGAGUGUAACAUAUUAUGUCUGUAACGUUAAAUACAAUUAGAAAACGAUUUAAUUAAAAAAUAUAUAUAUUAAAAAAAGGCAUGUCCGAUAUUUUUUUGCCGAUUCCGAUAGUUUGAAAAUGACGUGAUCGGACCCGAUCGAUCGGCAACAUCUCUACUAAUAACCUGACUUUUAAUUAUUCAGUUGGUUUCAGAAAUGGCUCAUAUGAAAGUUAAGACCCUCCCAAAUGAUGUUAAAUGUACAAAAAUAUAUUGUUUUCACUGAAAAAAGAUUGAUCAUUCAAUGAAGACAUAAAAGUCCAAUUUUGGCAAGACAAAAGUUUUGUCGCCUACAGAAAGUAGUGUGAAAAUUGAACAAAAAAUGUACUCAAAUACAAAAAUAUGUUACAUAACAUAAGCGAAUUAAGUAGUGGUGGUGUGAGAUCCAAAUUUAAUAUUUUGUAUGACUUCCAUGGGCUUGAAGGACUGCAUCCGUGCGGUUCGGCAAGGAUUCAUACAAUUUAUUGAUGAAGUCAUCAGGAACAUCAAAGAAAGCAGCCUUGCAUGCCUCCCGAGUUCAUCAACAUCCUUGGGUUUCGUCUUCCAUGCUUCCUCUUUCAUCCUGUUCAUGUCUGGUGACUGGGCUGGCCAGUCCUGGGGGAUCUUGAUCUUCUUUGCUAGAGGUGGGAAUCUGUGGGCACCUAACGAUUUGAUUACGAUUUCAUAGGCUACGAUUCGAUUAUAAAUCGAUUAUUGAUGACACCCACCUCCCCCCGCUAUUAGCUGCUUUUAAUGUUUUGUACAUUAGUUCCAAAAACUGUUUUAAAAAAAAAAAAAAAAAAAAAAAAAAAAAAAGCCUGGCAGGCUUAAAUAAACGACUAUUUCAGUAUCAAGUUAACAGUUAAAAACAAUAAAUAAUAUACUCAAAUCCCCAUUCUGUAUCCGCAGCUUUAAACUACAUUCAAUUAAUUUAAUGUUGUGAAUCAACCGUUAAAGUUGUUAAAAUUGCUCCCGUUAUUCCAUAAUUUCCCUUUUGUCUACUUUCGAAUUGUGGGAGUUUUAAAACUAUCUUAAAGAUAGAUUCAAGUCAAUAUUUUACCGAUUUAGGAGUAUUUUAGAUAAAAAGUUAAUUAGGUUCGCUUGGAAGGUUCGCUACAACAGCCUUGCAGGGAAGUCUACUGCUUUAAGAUGGCGGCCGUUUAAUAACGCCCGGAAAUAGCUUUCUCUACAUGUGCUGCUAACGCCACUGAGUCUAUUUUGCAUCUAGUCCUAUAUAAGUAUGAUAUCUACCGUACCGUUAUGUGGAGCUGUCGGCAGCAGUCAGGUAUGUUGUUUUUUUAUCUCGCGGCAUGAGUUGAGCUAGAGCCGUGAGUUGAGCAUUGGCAUUACCCGAGGGGCUGGGUAAUGACAAGCAUGAUGUUUAGCUACUCUCGCUCCGUUCCUCAUUGCGUCCCGAAGACCGCGCGGCGCGCUGAGUGUGUUUUACUUCCGCUUUACCUGGUAUAAUUCAAUAAUCGGAAUUUGGAUGUUUGUGAAUCGUUCUCGAAUCUUCCACGGCCGAAUCGCGAAUAACUUAAGAAUCGGAAAUUUCGCACACCUCUAUUCUUUGCCUUGAGGAACUUUGAGGUAGAGAUUGAAGUAUGUGAUGGAGCACCAUCCUGCUGCAGAAUUUGUCCCUUUUUAUGGUUAGGAAUGUAAGAGGCAGCUAAGAUUUGUUGAUAUUUCAGACUAUUUAUGUUGCCUUCCACCCUGCAGAUCUUUCGCACACCCCCAUACUGGAUGUAACCCCAGACCAUGAUUUUGCCACCACCAAACUUCACUGUUUUCUUAGUGAAUCUCGGAUCCAUACGGGCUUUAGUAGGUCUCUUGCAAUAUUUGCGGCGACUGUCGUGCAAUUCAAUGGAAGAUUCUUUUGAAAAAUCCACCUUUUGCCACAAAACAGUGAAGUUUGGUGGCAACAAACUCAUGGUCUGGGGUUACAUCCAGUAUGGGGGUGUGCAAAAGAUGCUAAGAUGAAGGUGCAAAAGAAGUAGCGGAGUGUGAACCCUAAACCCUAACCCUAACACAAAAAAACGGCCCGCACAGGUCAGCCCGUGAAUAAAAACUCACCAUUUUGAUAUGUGCAAAUUUUAGUGAGUUUUCAAGCAUGUUCAGAACUUCAAAUUGGCCAUUUUCAUUUGCCCUGAAGAAGCCCUAAACCCUAACCCUAAUCCCCAAAUAAGCCCGACUUUGGUACUCUGCCCAGGUCAGGCCCGUGAAUGAAAACUCACCAUUUUGAUAACUUAACAUCUCAUAUGUCUCAUGAAGAGUCUCACCAAUUUUUAGGAGGAUCCAACUAACUGCCUCGGCGCAAUGGUCUCAAACGUGCACCCUGGUUUUCGACAAAAAUGGCAUGUCUUUCAAUAUUCAAUCCUAAAUACCCGAUUUUCUGUUGGGUUUGGAAUAUGGGUGCAAGAGACUUUUUGAAGCAUUUUGGCCCAAGGUAUCCCCUCUCGAAAUUUCAUCGCUCUACGUUGAAAAAACCUUUUUUUAAAAAUUCCAGGGGGCGCCACUGAGCCAUUUUUUGACAUUUUUUCACAACAUUGCCAAAUUAUUGAAAUUUUCGCGACUCGCAUGUUUGUACAAAUUUUGGUAAGUUUUUGAGCAUGUUAAGACCUCCAAAUGGGCCAUUUUCAUUUGCCAUGAAGAAAGAAUAAUAAUAAUCCUUUGCAGAACAAUAGGGCCUUCGCACCAUGUUGGUGCUCGGGUCCUAAUUAAAAGUCAGGUUAUUAGCAAUUGUUUCUGCAAAAUGGAUAAGAGACAAGACUUUUGUCAGGGACUGUAGAACGAUAAUGAUUUUCUCACGGUGUGUCGAUACAUGGUUCCGAAAACAUUCUACGAUAUUCUAAUAUACAAGUAAUAAACAGAAAACUUUGGCCCAAAACGGUAAACAAUUUGUUUUUGAGUGUGUCUGUGUUUACAACUUUCAGAAAAUAUGUUUUCAAUCCCUGAUCACACUGCAGUCUGUUAGCACCAACACACUAUGCUGCUUUAUUUAAUAUUAGUGAGCCAUGGGGACAUGUACUGUCCUAGAGAAAUAUUUGUACACCUUUUGAUCAUUUGUUUUCAGCAUACAGUAGUAUGAAAAAGUAAUUGAACCUUUUGGAAUUUCUCACAUUUCUGCAUAAAAUCACCAUCAAAUGUGAUCUGAUCUUUGUCAAAAUAACACAAAUGAAAAAAACGAUGCUUUAACUAAAACCACCCAAACAUUUAUAGGUUUUCAUAUUUUAAUGAGGAAAGCAAGCAAACAAUAAAAUAAGGGGGGAAAAUAAGUAAGUUAACCCUCUGCCUAAGGAGACUUAAAGAGCAAUUGAAACCAAUGUUUACCAAACAAUUUACGUCAGGUGUGUGCCCAAUCACUGAUGUGUGGUUUAAAGCUGCCCUGCCCACUAUAAAACUCACACCUGGUAAGAAUUGUCUUGAUGAGAAGCAUUGUCUGAUGUGUUUUAUGGCUCGGUCAAAAGAGCUGUCAGAAGACCUGCGAUCGAGGAUUGUUGAUUUGUAUAAAGCUGGGAAAGGACACAAAAUCAUCUCUCAAAGUCUGGAUGUUCAACAAAUCGAGAGUCAGAGAAUUUGUCUAAAAAUGGGGAGAGUUUGGCAGUGUUGCUUCUGUCCCAAGGAGUGGCUGUCCACCAAAGAUGACGCCAAGAGUUCAGCACAGAACACUCAGAAAGGUAAGAAAAGAACUCUAGUGUGUCUGCUAAAGACUUACAGGAAACACUGGCACAGUCCAUUCAUUAUAUUAUCUCUGUGCACACAUCAACUAUAUGUAAAACAUUGGCCAAGAAUAAUGUUCACUGGAGGACUCCACAGAGGAAGCCACUUCUGUCUUGCUUAAUAUUUGCAAAAAGGAACUUGAGCACUCCACAGAGGUUUUGGCAAAAUAUUUUGUGGACUGAUGAAACCAAAGUUGAAUUGUUUGGGAGUAAUACGUGAAGCAUGGUGGAGGGAGCAUCAUGAUUUGGGGCUGUUUUGCUUUCUUGGGGCCUGGACAACUUGCAAAUAUCAAAGGAAGAAUGAAUUCAAAAGUUUAUUAGGAUGUUUUGCAGGAAAACCUGAGGCCAUCCGUCAGACAGUUAAAGCUAAAAAGAGGAUGGAUGCUGCAACAAGACAAUGAUCCAAAUACAGAAGUAAAUCAACUUCAGAAUGGUUUCAGAAGAACAAAAUACAUGUUCUGGAGUGGCCAAAUCAAAGUCCAGACUUGAAACCCAUUGAGAUGCUGUGGCAUGACCUCAAGACAGCGAUUCAUGCCAAGCAUCCCAGGAAUCUGACUGAACUACAGCAGUCUUGUAGAGAAGAAUGGGCCAAAAUUAAUCCUGAUCGAUGUUCAGACUGAUCUGCAGCUACAGGAAGCAUCUGGUUGUUAAUGCUGCCAAAGGGGCGGGCCACAAAAUUUUAAAUGUGAUGGUUCACUGACUUUAUUUUUCCCCCUUCUGUCAUUGUUUGCAUACUAUCCUCAUUAAAAAUAUGAAAAGCUAUAAAUGUUUGGGUGGUUUUAGUUCAAGCAGACACUGUUUAUUCAUCUGUGUGAUUUUGACAAUGAUCAGAUCCCAUUUGAUGGUGAUUUUAUGCAGAAAUGCGAGACAUUCCAAAAUGUUCAAAUACUUUUUCAUACCACUGUAUUUUGUUGUGUUAAUUUCAAAUCAAACAGCCAAUUAUUUCGUCACAUAAAAUAUCUCAGUGUGGGAUAUGAUAUGCAAUAGACCAUACAGUAGUCCUUUAUUUACAAGUCAUGGAUAUUUGUUAACACAUUCAAAGGGUGUACAAACCUAACUGUUAUGUCGUUGUAUAUAAGCUCACCUUUACACACAAACCUUUGUUUCUACCACUGUCACACAUGUACUGUCCACUUGAUGUUAACCAAUGACUGUUACAGUACUUAUUAAAGCUUACUACAAUCUAAGAUGGCAGGGAAGCUUGUACUCAUGUGUUUUGACCUAACGGUAACAACUGAAAACUUAUUUAAAUUAUUUAUUAGAUCACUUAUUUAUUAACUUGUUGUAAAACCCUACAAAUCAACUAUUCACCUGAGGUGUCUGUUCACACCAGAGGUUGCGCUAGACAUUUUCGUUGUCUGUCAUUUUGACUGACAGGGUCAUAAAAAUCCGGUCAUUGUCUAUUUUUACCCGUCACUUCAAUUUUUAAAAUGAUAAUGAUGACAUAUUCAAUAGUAUUUAGUUUUCAUUCAUUUUUAAUUAAUAUUGUAACGCUUGCUUGGCGGCGAAAAAUUAGACACGGAAGUUGUAUUUUUCUCCCUCUUUUUACUCUGCUUACCGCCAACAACACCAACAAAACAACUCCACUCCCAAAGAAAAAGAGGCAACUAUAUAGACCCCAAUCACCAACGUCA